AUGGAUGCACGCGACAGGCGAAGACUGUGGAAAAAGUUGCGGGCAGCGAGGCGGCCAGAGGUGCAGCCGUCCGUGUGGUUUGUGGCGCUCCGGGCGUGCUGCUCGCUGCGCCGAGUCACCUGCCUCUUCCUCCUCUACCUCCUCGUCGUGAUACUACUCUUGAGCCACAUGUGUUUGCCUGACAAGUUUAACGAGCUCCCCACAGAGGGCAUGUUCCCCACAGAGGGCAUGUUCCCCACAGAGGGCAUGUUCCCCACAGAGGGCAUGUUCCCCACAGAGGGCAUGUUCCCCACAGAGGGCAUGUUCCCCACAAAGGGCAUCCUCGCAGGCCCCCUCGCGUCGUCCGCUCCUACCUCAUCAACGCCUCCUCUGCUGCCUGCAGCUCUUGAGUCGACCCGUUCAGCUGGUUCUCAAAUUAAUUCCAUUCUACUUCUCCUUCCCCUCUAUGCUUCCACUCUUUUCCUCGGUAACCCCCUUCCCUCAGAUGAAAUCGGGGGAGUGGGGCACAUGUGUCCGGCUGACCUGUCCUGCGAGUUCCCCACAGAGGGCAUGUUCUGGGACCACCCCAUCCAGCCCCGCAGGCCCCCUCGCGUCGUCCGCUCCUACCUCGUCAACGCCUCCUCUGCUGCCGCCAUCGCUGCCGCCGCUGCUGCAGCCGCAGCUGGUAACGCCAGCGGUGCUGCCGCUGCUGCUGCUGGCAAAGGCAGGAUGAAGCACCGCCUUGGGCCAGGAGGAGGAGCAGGAGGGGCAGGAGGUGGGGCAGGAGCAGGAGGGGGUAUGGUUGGAGGAGGGAUGGGAGCGGGAGCAGGGGCAGGAAGAGGGGGAGGAGGAGCAGGAGGAGCAGGAGGAGCAGCGGUGGCGGGGGCAGGGGGAGCAGCAGGAGGGGCGGAGGAGCAGGUGUUGGUGGUGGAGCAGGAGGAGGAGGAGUAUGUAGCAGGGGGGCAUUUACUGGUGCAGGACACGGGGGAGGGCCCUGAGAAGCCUGACAGCUGCGUGGAGCUCUGUAGGAACGUGCCCGACUGUGCCUUCUGGAUGUACGACAUGAGCAGCGUGAAAGGCAACUGCAAGUUAUGGGCGUCGGAUCAAAACCCCUGCGAGGCUCGCGGAUGGGUGUUGCUCGGAAGAGCAGCUCACUUCGCGCAGCGGUGGCUGGUGCGAAACCAGUAUGUGGUGGGGGGUUAUUGUCGCACUGUAGAGACUCUUGAGGAGAAGCGGAGGAAGAGGAAUGCCCCGCCGCCGCCCCCGCCGCCACCGGAGGAAGAGGAAGAGGCGAAGAAGCUGGCAGAGGAAGACGUUGCCUUGCAAACCAACGAGUGUCCCAAGCUCACAUGCAACACGGUAACGCGUGGCUACAUGUUUGACCACGAGGGCAAGCGCCACUUCAACUUCACCUACACUGGGAUCGGCCCCGCCCGCCCGCACACGUGUUACCUGCUGUGCCGGAGAACGCCCGGGUGUGCCUUCUGGAUGUACAACAUGCGAUCCAAACGAGGCGACAACACGCGCCUGCUUCGGAAGGCUCCAGAGGAGGAGGAGGAGGAGGAGGAGGAGGAGGAGGAGGAGGAGGAGGAGGAGGAGGAGGAGGAGGAGGAGGAGGAGGAGGAGGAGGCGAUGCAGGCGGAGGGCGUGCGGGAGGUGGCCGUGGCAACUGGCCUGGAGGUGCUGUACCAGGAGACCCCCAACUACCGCAGAGCGGCGGCCGAGGCUGACCGCAUGAUCGAGCCAAGGGAGACGGCUAGGCAUGCCUGGCGAGUGCCAGACCUGGGCGUAGAGCCUGUUGCUAGUGCUGCAGAGGAGGCGGUUACUGAGGGGGGUUAG